CGGGGCCAGGGCAGGUCGGGGGCGGAGCCACUCUGAAGCCCCGCCCCUCGGAGCCGCGCGGCACGCUGGGAGCGGAAGCGGCGGCCGCGUGGGAGCGAGGCGGGCAAGAUGGCGGCCGCGGGGAAGAGGAACCUGGCAGAGCUCAGCCUGGACGAAUUCCUCGCUGCUGGUUCUGACUCAGAGCCUUAUGGCAGCUCGGAGGACGAAGAGGCGUCCCGGCCCGCCAAGGGGGUCCGGGCACAGCGGCAGCAGAGCAGGAAGGUGCAGCGGGGUGAGAAGGCAAAGCAACCGCUCCAGACCCAGCCGGCUGCGAGGAAGAAGGGAAAGGCAUCUGAACAUAAAGAUCAGCUCUCCCGACUGAAGGACAAAGAUCCUGAAUUUUAUAAGUUUUUGGAGGAAAACGAUCGCACAUUGCUGAAUUUUGAUGCUUCAGACACUUCUGAUGAGGAGGAGCAGUUGCAUAUACCACCUGAUACACUGGAGGAAGCAAGUGAUGAAGAUGAAGAAGAAGAACAUGAUGCAGUCAAACGGAAGAGAGCUUCUUUCAUCCCUGUGAGCUUGAAGAUGGUUGAAGAAUGGAAAAAAGCUGCAGAGAGAAAUCUAACACCGAAACUUUUCCAUGAAAUCGUUCAAGCCUUUAAAGCAGCUGUAGCGACCACCAAAGGAGACAGUGGUGGGGCUGAUCCCAGCAAGUUCCAAGUCACUGAUGCCGCAGUGUUCAAUGCCCUUGUGUCCUUCUGCAUCCGGGACCUCUUCCACCACCUGCAGAAGCUCCUUCUUCUGAAACCCCCAAAGAACAAACUAAAAGUGGUCCUCCCAUCCACCAGCCCACUUUGGAGCAAGCUGCGGCUGGAUGUAAAAGUGUAUCUUGGCUCUACCAUACAGCUCCUGUCUUGUUUAACAGAAGCCUCGGUUGGUGCAGCAGUCCUUCAGCAUGUCAAUUCCAUAGUGCCGUAUUUUUUGUCCUUCCCGAAGCAGUGCCGUGCGCUUCUCAAGCAAGCAAUUAAUUUGUGGAGCACAGGUGAGGAAACAGUGAGAGUACUGGCCUUCCUUGUGCUGAACAAGAUCUGCCGCUACAAGAAAGACGUGUACCUAAGUCCCUUGCUCAAGCAAAUGUACAUUGCAUUUGUGAAGAAUUCCAGAUUCACCUCUCCCAACGUCCUGCCCAUGAUCAACUUCAUGCAGCGCACGCUGACAGAGAUGUAUGCCCUGGACACUCACACCUCUUACCAGCACGCCUUCAUCUAUAUCCGCCAGCUUGCCAUCCACCUGCGCAGUGCAAUGACGAUAAAGAAGAAGGAGAACUUCCAGUCAGUGUAUAACUGGCAGUAUAUCCACUGCCUGUAUUUCUGGUGUCGUGUUCUCAGCACCAUCUAUCCCAGUGAGGUCAUGGAGCCCCUGAUCUAUCCUUUGACACAGGUCAUCAUUGGCUGUAUAAAGCUGGUGCCGACGGCUCGUUUCUACCCUCUGCGCAUGCACUGCAUCCGUGCACUUACGCUGUUGUCCGAGCACACCAGGACCUUCAUCCCAGUGUUGCCGUUUAUCCUGGAGAUUUUCCAACAAGUGGAUUUCAACAAGAGGCCGGGACGUAUAAGUGCUAAGCCUAUAAACUUCGCAGUGAUCUUGAAGCUUUCCAAUGCCAACCUGCAGGAGAAGGCCUUCCGAGAUGGACUCAUCGAACAGCUCUAUGACCUGAUGCUUGAGUAUCUCCAUGGCCAAGCGUACAGCAUUGGAUUCCCAGAGCUGGUUCUCCCCACUGUCAUUCAGCUAAAAUCUUUCCUGAAGGAAUGCAAGAUUGCCAACUACUGCAAGCCUAUCCGGCAGCUCCUGGAGAAACUGCAGGAAAAUUCUGCCUACGUUGCCAGCAGGCGUCAGAAAGCGGCCUUCGGCGUGGCCAGCAGGGAGUCUGUGGAACAAUGGGAGAAGCAAGUCAAAGAGGAGGGGACACCUCUGAGCAAGUAUUAUACUCAGUGGAAGAAGCUAAGAGAGAAGGAGAUACAGCUGGAAAUCAGCGGCAAAGAAAGACUUGAAGACUUGAACUUCCCAGAAAUAAAGCGCAAGAAGCAAGAUGAGCGCAAGGAGGAAGAUAAGAAGGAAUUCAAAGACCUCUUUGACCUGGACAGUGACUCUGAUGAGGAGAACGUUGGAUUCUCUGUAAAAGGUAAAGCCAAAGCCAAGCGGGCAUCAGACGACAGCUCAGAAGCAAGCAGCGAGGACUACGGCGAGGAUGAGGAUGAAGAAGAAGGACAGUACGAAAUCGAGGAGGAUGAGGAAGAAUUGGAAGAAGACGGUGACUCCGAUGAGGAAGGCGAGGAAGCCGCCCGGGCUCCCCAAGGGCCGCGGAAGCAGAGGAGCUGCCCUCGCGGGAUGUCACGCUCCGACCUCCAGCAGCUCGCCCAAGGAGAAGAGGAUGUUGUGGAGGACUUGGCUUUCUCUGACGAUGACUGAGCGCCCUCCGGGCUCAUCCUGGACAGAGCUGGAGGAAGGAGCUGCGUGUCCUCCUUGCUCCAGCUCGGCUGCACGGGGCUCCCUCUGCUUUUGGGCCAGAAGAGCAGCAGCUGCGAUGCACCCGGAGUCCCCCCCGGUGAGGCCGAUGGUCCCGUCUACACCCGGGCAAGGAAAGAGACUUCUGGGGUAAAACCACGUGCAAGGAGCUCAGGACACCAGGGACCAUUUGUAAAUUAAGUGUUUUUCUUUUUUAUUUAAAUCGAUUGCUGGAAAGCAUUUUUAUUGUGAUGUGAUGGAUAAUGUCUUUUUUUCUCUUUUUUUCUUUUUUUUUUUACAAUAUAAAGAAGCUAAUGUACCACCAAGCUAUUUUUGUAAGAAAAACGGUAGCACGUGCAACAUUAAACAAAAAAAAACAGGUGGGGGGAGAGAGAGAGAAAAGUA